AUGUCAGGCUUUUGCGAUUCAACGCCGCGCAUCCUGAUGAUGAUGGACUGUCUCCUUCACGCUCUAGGCUCCAUCUGGGGCUCCAUUCCCUGGGGUUCCAUUUCCUGGGGCUCCAUUUCCGAACAACUUGAGACCGUUUUGGCGGCUUGGUCCUACGCACUCUCCCUCUCCACGCUGACCCACUACGGACUUGCCCUCCUGGACAACAUGCUCGUCGACUGGUAA